AAAACACAGAAGAAAAGAACAUAAAAGAAAGUAAAGGGAACCUUCAUUCUUUUUUCUCUUUUGUUUUUUUUGUCUUCACACAACACAACCUUAACCCACAUUUCAAGUUCCAAUCUUUCAAUCUCAAAAACAAAAGAGAUAAUUUUUGUGUGUGUGUGCUGCCACGUCACCAUCAUAGCUUCUCUACAAAAUUCAAAAGCAAAGUUUUAAUUUUUCUUCAAAUCAUAAACACCCCAUUAAAUUUUUUUGUUUAUAUUUUGACCCCACCAUUGAUUUUCUUUGAAGAUUUCAUGGGAAAUUCAUUUGGGUGUUCAGCUUCCGGCGAGAGAUUGGUGUCGGCGGCGAGAGAUGGAGAUUUGGUUGAAGCAAAGAUGCUUUUGGAAUUCAAUCCAUGGCUUGCAAAGUACUCAACUUUUGGUGGACUCAAUUCACCUCUUCAUUUUGCAGCUUCAAAGGGUCAUCACGAGAUUGUGACAUUGUUGCUUGAGAAAGGAGCUGAUGUCAAUUCAAAAAAUUAUUGUGGACAGACAGCUUUGAUGCAAGCUUGUAGAUAUGGUCAUUGGGAAGUCGUACAGACCCUUAUGCUCUACAAAUGCAAUGUCAUGAAAGCAGAUUAUCUGAGUGGGAGAACAGCUCUUCACUUUGCAGCUGUCAGUGGGCAUGUAAGAUGCAUUAGACUUGUUGUGGCCGACUUCGUUCCAAGUGCUCCUUUUGAAACUCUACAAGCCCAUGUGGAUACUGACGUGGACGAUGGAUCAAAUGCGAAACGAAAACACGAAAAAAGUGCACUGUCCAAGUUUGUAAACAAGACAGCUGAUGCGGGUAUUACAGCACUUCAUAUGGCCGCUUUAAAUGGAUAUUUUGAUUGUGUACAACUGCUACUCGAUCUUAAUGCAAAUGUGUCAGCUGCAACAUAUCAUUAUGGAACAUCAAUGGAUUUAAUAGGUGCUGGAAGCACUCCAUUGCAUUAUGCUGCUUGUGGAGGCAAUCUAAAAUGUUGUCAGAUCCUCCUUGCAAAAGGCGCAAUUCGGAUGGUAUUGAAUUGCAAUGGGUGGCUUCCACUUGAUGUUGCUAGGAUGUGGGGGCGUCAUUGGCUUGAACCGUUGUUGUCACCGAGUUCUGAGACCGUAGUAUCAUCGUUCCCUACUUCAAAUUAUUUGUCGUUGCCCCUCAUGAGCGUCCUCAACAUUGCAAGAGAAUGUGGAUUGCAAUCAUCGACAACCUCCUCCUCUAAUGAGAUCGACUUAUGUGCUGUCUGCCUCGAGAGGCCAUGUUCCGUGGCUGCAGAAGGAUGCAUGCAUGAGCUUUGUGUAAGAUGUGCACUCUAUCUUUGCUCUACAAGCAAUGUUUCUUCUGAAAUGCAUGGCCCUCCUGGUUCUAUCCCUUGUCCCCUUUGUAGACACGGAAUUAUCUCUUUCGUCAAGUUACCAGGUUCGCAACCGAAAGAAAAUAGACCACACGUGUCGCUUAGCAUGUGUACGCCAUGCAUACAGCAUCCGCGCGACGUAGACCAACCUUCACUUGCUCAUAAUACACCCGAAAUUCGAAGAAACCGUGUAGCUUCUGUUUCUUCGGAGAUGCUUUGUCCUGUCACAUGUACACCGUUUCCGUCUGUCACAAUUCCUCUAUGUACCUGCAACGAUGGUCCUUGUCCAACAUUUGAACCUCGGGAAGAAGAAACACAAGACGAAUCGCCUCGUCACUCACAAGGUUCGACGACGGAUCAUCAAGAUAAAAUGGAAGGGCCGAGAUUGGUGAAAACGACAUGUUCAAGUAUGUUUUGGGGUAGAAGAAGUUGCAGCAGGGAGAAUCAAUGUAAUUCAGAAAUAAAUGCUUGAUUGAAUCAAUGUGUGGAUGCUGUGUACAAUCUUAGUAGAUCAACAGUGAAUUCCACAGUUAUCUUAUUAUGCAACCUCAAGUAGUAAAAUCUAGUGGAUUUAUACCAAGAAAAAAUGUAGUACCGACACUUCGAAUUGAAAACAUGUUCAAUGUUCGACAAGUGUCAGUGUCUGGCACUGACAAAUGUAACUAGCUACAUUCAGUUACUUCAAUUUUCUUAAUUUAUUAUCAUUAUCUUCAUCUUCGUGUCUGUUUAUUAUCAUUAUCUUCAUCUUCGUGGCUGUGUUUGUAUCAAUGCUUCAUGCAAGAUAAUUUUCUUGCUUUUCAGCAUUCCAGUUUUUUAUUUCCAAGUUGUGAUAUUUAGAGAGGGUUUGUAAAAUUAGUGUGAACAAAUUGUUAUUGUAAUUAAAAUUGAUUGCAAUUGCUUUUCUGUUAUAAGGUUCUGUA